GGUGUCGGACCGAAAAGCGGAAUGCCACUCGGAGGAACAGCGGGAACGGUACAGAAAGUACGAAGCUACCAGGAGGUCUAGGAAUUUCGUUGAGCAUUGGCGCUCAGAGUUCGAUUGGGUUUACUACGACACUAAUCUAAGGGUCAUGACCUGCACCACCUGCCUCAAGUACGGAACUAAAGAUGAUAAAAAGACAAGAUUUGUGUCUGGAAACUCGAACUUCAAACGCCUGGCGCUUGUCAGGCAUGAGAUCAGUCAGACGCACCGCCGUUGUGAGGCUCGACGCACGGCAGAGCUGGCGUUGCCGAACUCGGCCACGCCAACUCAGUCAAGAUAAAGCCCCAGGAAUUCUGUGUAAGAGUCUGUCAAAGAUAAACAGUAUUUGCCGUACUUAGCACUUUAUGUAUAAGAAAAGAAAGCUUGGUCUAUCUCAAGUAAAUAACUAGUCUGAUAGGUUACUUUCAUUUUGCAUAAAUUCUACUGUAGGUAUCCUGUGCUAAAGGGUGAAUUUAAUACAAGGGAUGAUGCCUCGGGACAAAUUGGUAAGACUUGUCUGCAGAUACAGUAUUAAUUAGUAGCAGAUGGAAUGUUGAUAGUUUAAAAUGAAUUUGGUGACUAUGAAAAGUGAUGCAAGGAAAGUGUGAAUGGUAUACUGCAUGUCGAUGGUGUUUGAGCGCGUUCGAGUUUCUUUCAGGUGUCAAAAAUCAUAAUUCGCAAAUUUCUAGUUAAUAAGAAAGAAAUAUGACGGUUGUAGGCAUAAAUAGUCAUUUGGCCUUUUUCCAAAACGCAGAUUCAUGACCAAUCUAUUCCUAAGUAUAAUAUCCACUAUUUUAUGGGCGAAUGUGAGAUGUACAAUGAUUUAGGUCAUUGAAGAGUAGCUCAUUAAAUGGGUCUCCUUAUUAAAAGAAGAAACGAAAGCCUGGCUUUCAAUAACCUUCAGAACGCGAAGUAUUACGACCUCUAGAGUGAAUGUGAUUUCAGUAGAAUGCAAAAAAGGAGUUUUGGCAGGAGAUUGAGGGUUUACUCUUACACAUACCAUUAUUGUGUAACGUUUGUCUGGGGUUGUGUUGUGUGUUAGCUGAAAUCAACUUGAACGUUGAGAGGGCAUGAAAAUAAAUAUGAAAAUAGCUCUAC